AUGUCUACAAAUUCAGCUUUCCAUUCUUUGUCCUGGGAUAAUUCCUAUCCUGUGCAGAAUCCACAGCAGAGACUUUAUAGACAAUGUGACUUUAACUGCAUGUGUUGUGCCAAAAUGCAGCUUGGAAAUUACUGUCCCUGUAAUGUGCCCAAACAAUCUUGUGCGACACAGACUGUUGAGCUUGACACAUUUCCCCAGACCAUGGCAGUGGAUAACUUGUGGAAAAGGGGGACAUCAGAACAUACUUCUCUACAAAGUCUUAUCACCAAAUCCAUUGACAAGUAUAAUUUGAAAUCUUCAAAAGACUCUCAUCUCCAAACAGCAGUGAAGGAAGUGGUGACAAUCAUCAGAGCUGGAACUCAUUCUCUCGACACUGGUGAUGAGGAGAAGAAAGUAAAGAACAGAAUUUUGAGGGCCUUAGAGUGGAGGCGAUACUACUCAAGAAAGAGAACACAUGCAUCAAGUCUUGGUGUGAAAGUUAGCAAACUUAUAAGGAAGAACCAUGCAGGACCUGAUCAGGCUGAAGGAGAUAAAGAGAAUCUGAUUCCACAAGAUCUACAUGAUGUAGGGCAUGUUAACAGAGGAUUCAAUGCCGAGUCCCAGGAAGGCAGCUCAAGUGAAAGUGAUAUUCCUCUGGCUGCACUGGCUCAGAGAAAGGACUUGAAGAAGCCAUGA